AUGAAUGCAACUGGUGCUGGUUACCCGCUGGCUUCUCUUUAUGUUGGUGACCUCCAUACUGAUGUCACUGAAGCAAUGCUGUAUGAAAAGUUUUCCCCGGCAGGACCAAUCCUAUCCAUCAGAGUUUGCCGUGAUAUUUCCACACGUAGAUCUCUUGGGUAUGCAUAUAUAAAUUUCCAGCAACCUGCUGAUGCUGAGCGGGCGUUGGAUACAAUGAACUUUGAAGUAAUCAAAGGCAAGCCGAUUCGAAUCAUGUGGUCUCAGAGAGAUCCUGGACUUCGUAAAUCUGGCGUAGGAAAUGUGUUUAUCAAAAAUCUUGAUGAGUCAAUUGAUAACAAAGCCUUGUAUGAUACUUUUUCAGCAUUUGGGAAUAUUUUAUCUUGUAAGGUUGUUUGUGAUGAAAAUGGAUCAAGGGGUUAUGGGUUUGUUCACUUUGAGACUCAAGAAGCUGCCAAUCGGGCAAUUAACACCAUGAAUGGCAUGUUGCUCAAUGAUCGUAAAGUAUUUGUAGGACAUUUUAAAUCACGGAGGGAAAGGGAAAUGGAGUAUGGGGCCAAAGUGAUGGAAUUUACAAAUGUAUACAUCAAGAACUUUGGAGAAGAUAUGGAUGACAAGAGACUUAAGGAAAUAUUUUCUGCUUUUGGACACACGUUAAGCGUCAAAGUAAUGAUGGAUGAUAACGGUCGAUCACGGGGAUUUGGCUUUGUGAAUUAUGGAAAUCACGAAGAAGCACAGAAAGCUGUUGCUGAAAUGAAUGGCAAAGAAUUAAACGGCCGCAUGAUAUAUGUAGGUAGAGCUCAGAAGAGGAUAGAACGCCAAAGUGAAUUAAAGCGCAGAUUUGAACAAAUCAAACAAGAAAGAAUUAGCAGAUAUCAGGGUGUAAAUCUGUAUGUGAAGAACCUGGAUGAUGGUAUUGACGAUGACCGCCUCCGAAAAGAGUUCUCUCCUUAUGGUACCAUUACUAGUGCAAAGGUAAUGACAGAAGGAGGACACAGCAAGGGAUUUGGUUUUGUGUGCUUUUCCUCUCCAGAAGAGGCCACAAAAGCAGUGACAGAAAUGAAUGGAAGAAUAGUCAGUACAAAACCUCUUUACGUAGCACUCGCGCAACGGAAGGAGGAAAGAAAGGCCAUUCUUACCAAUCAAUACAUGCAGAGGCUGGCUACCAUGAGAGCAAUGCCUGGCCCUCUCGUUGGAUCAUUCCAAGCACCUACCAGCUAUUUCUUACCCGCUGUGCCACAGGUAAGCCAUCAGAAAUCGUUUUAUAAUCAAAGCCCUAUAGCAUCUGUACGUCCAGCACCUCAUUGGUCUUCACAGCAGGCAAGGCCUCCUCCGCAAUAUCAUCCACCGACGCCUAUCAUGCGAGCGGUUGCUCCAAGACGUGUUGCCUCCAAUAUAAGCACAAUGAAGCAGGCCUCAACACAAGUACCAAGGGUUGCACCACAGAGUCAGAGAGUAGCUAAUAUUGGUACCCAGACAGCAGGUGCUCGAGCUCAGGUUAACCCAAGCGCCAUGCGAACGAUGACACAGUACAAGUAUUCCAGCUCAGUGAGAAAUAUGCAGCAAAUGGGGAACGCAACGCACAUCCAGCAGGUGAUGGAGCCUGCUGUGCUGAUGCAAGGUCAAGAACCCUUAACUGCCUCCAUGCUUGCAGCAGCCCCACCACAAGAGCAGAAACAGAUGCUCGGUGAACGGAUUUAUCCUUUAGUCCAUCGGAUGCAUUCUGCGUUAGCUGGCAAGAUAACUGGAAUGCUACUGGAAAUCGAUAACUCGGAGCUGCUUCAUAUGCUGGAAUCUCCGGAAUCUCUUCACUCAAAGGUAGAAGAAGCUGUAGCAGUUUUGCAAGCACAUCAUGCUAAGGAGGGGUCUCAUAAAAGUGGAACGCCAUCUCUCAUAUGAUCUAUCCAUGACAUUAAUAACGUGUAACAUAUGUUCUUUAAACUGGUAGUUUCUAUGGGAUGCGCAAAGAACAUCAAGAUAUUGUAUGUAGUCCUAUUUAUGUUUAUGUGUGUCAGCGAUAUUAUGUACGAUAAAUCAAUUGUAUUUCUAGGAUCAAGCCUCUGUCAUGGCGACUAUUAAUUACAAAAAAUUAAUUUUGUGUGGUUUUUUUGUG